AUGGACGCGUUCCACAAUCUAUUUCGCGAGGCCGCAAACCCGCGCCAAAAUCCCAACGCCAGCAGCUCGUCCCCGCUGCGGAGUUCCGGCAGUCUUCUCCCGAGUUCCAGUGGAGGCCACUCAAUGGGCAUGACUCCCCCCCAGCUCAGUAGUAGCAAUGCCCGGAACGGCAUGGGACUGCCUAUGGGCAUGGGCAUGUCGCUGUCCAUGCCUGGUCUGCAGACCGUCAGUAGCAACGGCCUGGCACCUAUCCACGGCGGUCGGAUGAGUUCACAAAUGGGCACGGACUCGAUGUUGUUCCCGAGCUUGGGCAGUACGACCUCGAUGACUGUCCCCGGUGGCGGGACAGGAUCUAGUGCUAGUGCUGCAACUGCGGCGAUAGCUUCUAGUCUUGCAGCUAAAGAGAAGAAGACGACGAAGAAACGCAAAGCUCCGAGCGGAAACGUGGAAGGGGAGUCAGGCGAGGACGGCCGCAAGCAGCCCGAGGAGUUUGAGGAUCCCAAGGCAAAGCGACGUGCUCAGAUUGCCAAAGCUGCGCGGAAACACCGACAGCGUCAGAAGGACGAGCUUAUUGCCUUGCGAGCCAAGGUGAAGGAUUUGAAGGAGCAGAUUGAGGUGCUGCAGUCGUCGGAACCAUCGGAACACAAUACGGAGCUUGGCUGGAAACAGGAGGCCGAGCAGCACGCUGAGAUUCGCGCGCGCGUGGACCAGGAGAAUGAGUUUCUGCGCAAGACGUUGAUGGAGCAGAUGAAGUUUAUCCAGCGAUUGCAGGACUACUUUACCAAGCAGCCGUUGCUCAACAUGCCGUCGUUAGACAUGAUUUUGAAUUCUUCGACGUCGGCUGCGACGACUCCGACGGCACUGUCCAACGCGAUUUCGGCGGUGCCAUCAGUACUCCAGCUGCAGUCUGGUUCGUUCCGUGAUCGGCUGAUUGAUAUGACUUCAGAUGCUACGAUGAUUGCGGACAAACAGCUUACAGCGUGCGAGGCGGCUUUCCGCAACCCGAGGACAUCCACUAUGACGUACUUUGGUCUGCAGGUUCAGUACGAAAUGGGCAAGAACGAGAUGGGCAUUUACUUCCGCCACAAUCUCUUCGGCUGCACCGCGACCGUCGUGAUGAACGAUUUGUGGUCGGUCAUUGGUGAUGCCAAUUACGAGAAGGGGUUUCCCUUCAUUGAGACAGCUGAGGUUUUGGACGAGAUUGAUGCCAACACGAAGUACGUUCGCCGAGUGGUGAACCUCACAAUGUCGAGCGAUACUGCGGUCGGCGGAGGCGUGAUGAAGGAAGAGAGCUUGACGAUCAACUAUAAACGCGACAACGCAGACGGCACUUCAUCGAUGAUCUCGCAGUCAGUUAUGGAUGAUCCGAAUCGCCCGAAGCUCGCUGGUCACUUUCGCCGCAACGCCACCACUGCGGUGUUCUUGAAGAAUUUUAAUGACUCGACUGGUCAAGGGUGCUUGCUGCUGUGGUCAGUAAAGGUUCAGCUAGACAAGGACCCCGAGGAGCGUGCGAAGAAUUGCAACAUUCCGGACAUUAUCCUGAAGAACCUAUUUGAAGUUGCGCCGGUGUUUGUGAAAGGCGUAGUGGAUCGUGCACGUGGAACUGUGCCUCAAGGUUAA